UUUCACAGCCAGCGCUAAAAAUCUGUCUUUGGUUAAGACCUUUGUGCCUGAUUGUGACGGUCGAUAUUCGCCCACGUCUUGUUGGAUGCACGUGACUCCAAUUAGAAAUUAAAUAACGUCAUUAUCGGGUUUAUAUAACCUUAAAAUAUAACUAUCACUCACGGUUUUGAUCUGCGACGGCGUUUCAUUAACAUCUCCAAUUUUAUUCCACGUAAAAAGUCUCUAGCGCGAUGCUACGGCUCCCAGGGUCUCGCUUGGUAAGCACCGCUUCAGCUGCAACAUCCAGUACUAAGGCUGCAAAAAUCUUGGAUUCUCUCAUCAGAGUGGAUCAUGCCGGUGAACUUGGAGCUGAUAGAAUAUAUGCUGGUCAAUUUGCUGUUUUAGGAAAGACCUCUGUCGGACCCACAAUACAGCACAUGUGGGAUCAGGAGAAGGUUCAUCGAACAAAGUUUGAGGAACUAAUAAAGAAACAUCGUGUCCGACCUACAGCUCUGAUUCCAUUGUGGAAUAUUGCCGGAUUUCUUUUGGGUGCCGGUACAGCCAUGAUGGGACCAAAAGCGGCUAUGGCUUGUACUGUAGCGGUGGAAACUGUAAUUGUUGAGCACUACAAUGAGCAGCUUAGAGCCUUAAUGGAAACCAACAAGGGAGAUGUGAACAAGGAACUUAUGGAGACAAUACGGAAAUUCCGUGACGAGGAACAGGAACAUCAUGACACAGGGAUUGACUAUGGUGCAGAACAAGCGCCGUUUUAUCAAGCUUUGACCAACGUCAUCAAAGCUGGAUGUAAAACCGCCAUAUCGAUAUCGAAAGUAAUUUAAAUGAACUACUUCCGUAGUUUGAAUUAAAAUUCUAUCGUUUCUUCGUUUGGCCAAAGAAUAACUGAAUUAUUGCAUCUAUAAGUACGAUUUUUCUCAGCAAUCCCUAGUUCAGUUUUAGCGUGUUAUUUUACCAUCGAACAACUGUAAAUAAUUUGUCCCUAUAAAACAAUUUAAUAUACUGUAAAUUUUUUUGUAAAUAAAAACUCGUAUUCUUCUA